CUUAUUAGAAACACAAGACAGCCAAUCAGAAAUCUCACAAAAUCCCCCGCUCUUAGGGGAUGCCCUCAGCGCCGAGGAACAUGUACUAGGGUGUAUGUGCGACUCGUUUAGAUCAUGAGCUGGGACAAGAGAGAGGAAACCGAUUUUACACUAUUCGUGAUCGGGUCGGAUAAGGAUAAAUAGUAUUAGAAAGGGGGAACCUUCUUCAAUAUCUAAAAAAAAAUAUCUAAAAAAAAGAUCUAUUCUAUCCUUGUAUUGUGUAUCCCAUUUAUGGUUUCCAUCGGUAUAAAUUCAAUCACCUCAAUUUUAAAUUUCAAAUGAGAAAAAAUUCCCCAUUGAUAAUAAAGGAUUAUCCAUUAAGCCGGGGAAAAUCCUAUUUAAAUUAAAAGGCCGAAAAUUGGCACUGCUCUUGCAAGAACGGACUUAGAGGGCCCGCUAAUUAGCUAAUCUUCAUAAUUAAAUACCGUUACUGUAUAGAUCGAUCUCGUUAUGAAAGACCUAUUACUGGAUAAUUCAGGGGUAGAGCCAAAGAGUGUGAACUGUACAACUUAACAAUAGCAUUGAUUAAAUGAAAGAAGGAGCUCCGGUGUAUAGAGAAGACCUCACCGUUUAAUAAGAAACCAUAGAAACGAUGGAACCCACAAUUUCUUUAUCCAUUUAUAUUUACUUUGAUACCUAGUACUAGUAUCAAUGCAAUUUUAUUAUUUCGAGGCGAAAUGCUUAGAAAAAAAUCGUGGUUGGGAAGGUUAUAGUAGCAAAAGCCCUUGGAAUUUUUUUUUAUAUAUUGGAAGAAUCCGUUUUGUUAUUAUAGAAAAGGGUAAAAGAAUAACUGAAAGAAAAAAAAAUCGAUGUGUGAUCAUGCUCAACAAAAGGUUGUAGAAUUGAGAGUUGGAACUCCCCUACCUGUACUUGGAGGAGUGUGAGAGCCACUAAUAAAUAGUAAAUUACAAUCUAAACUUUCAUAUAUUAAUUUCUAUAUAACAAUCUUUACCAAUAAUAGAAUGACUUUUUCAUACAUUCAAACUAAACGAAACUAAAACUGUCAUACCAUUAACCCUCAUCCCACCAAAUCUCUCAACUCUUUCUUUUUUUAUUAUCAAAACCCCAUUUAAAAUAUUUUAAGGGGUCGUUUGGAUCAGGGAAAUUGGGCAGGGAUUUUGCCCAAAUUCUGGCCCUUCUAGGAUUUUAACUAAUAUCCUUGUUUGGAUAGCUCUUACAACUGCCGAGAUUUAGGCCUCCAGAAUUUUCAAAUCUUGCCCAAUCCGGAAUUGGAAUUAGCUGUCACCCCCCAGGUAUUUUAAAAUCCGGCCCCAGUUAUUUUUUUAAUCCCAGCGUGUCCCCAACUUGUCAUCGAUUGCUCUCCCUUCUUCCUCGACCCUUCUUCCCCGACCAGAAUCUCCUGCUGGAGUCGAUAUCCCAACGGCGACCUAGUCAACCUAGCCGGAGUAGGCCUCACCAAAGCAAUCUUUCGCCGCCGCCGCCGAAUUUGGAAAGAAGAGAGGCAGAUCGCCAAAUGAUGGGCUUCAUCGACGAUGAAGAGAAGUCGCCUUCCCGAUCGAAUCAGCAUCGGUAGCCGCAUUGAAGCGCUUCACCGCCAUUCCUUUUCUCUUCCUCUCUCUGGGUCCUCCGGAUGUGAUUCUCACUCCGGCUGCGGAGAGGAGGAGGAGCACCUCCGAAUACCAGAUCUGCUCAACCUGUCACUCCAGCCCCGAAUCCCCCAAUCUCUGAAAUCGCCAGCGCCAAGACAUCAUCGACCCAGUUCCAACUCCCAAGCCAUGAUAUGAUUCUCCCCCUAAUCUAGUUCCGAACGCAAAGAUACAAGAAAACAGAGUGAUGGCAAUAAAGAGUUUGAAAAACUUGACCCAGCGAAAUACUCAGGAUUCCGCUUCAUCCAUCUCGAUCUCGCUCGAAGCCAGUCUCUGCCACACGAUAAUCAUAGUUUAUGAUUGGAAGAUGGAAGUUAGAUCUACGUUUGUGGGUAGUUUCGAUCCGGAACAUGUAAGACAGGGGCGGAGGGCGAAGACGACGACGAAUUGAGAGACGAGAAUGGGUUAUUGAUGGCGGCUUGAUUUUCGUCGGAGGGUGAAGACGACGAUCCUUGCAGCAGGUGGAUGCCUCCUCCGUGAACGAUGAUGACUAAUGGCGUUGGUGAUUUGCGCCGGAUACAAUGAAAGAGGAAAGGGAAGGAUAAAGGGCAAAAUUGACUUUAGCCAAAUAGGGCCCAAAUUCCUUAUCUGUAAACAAACACAUUAUUUGGGCCAAAACCUGAAUUUAAAAUACUGAGGUUUUUAAUUGAGUGAUUGUGAGCCAAAUCCUUCAUUAGCUAAAUUCUUAAUCCAAACGACCCUAAGAGAACACUCACUUACUCGCGUUUCACUGGACCACUGGAGUCACCGGACAAAUCCCCCUUAAAAACACUUAGCGGCGGCGUCUCUGUCUAGUAUCUACUAUCUACUCCACAAAGACUGGAUGUCGUGGGUUAUAUCUGCCUGUGCCUUUCCACCGGUAGCCUCACCGGUGAUCUCUGCCGACUUGUCGCUGCAUACAUCUGCUGGCCGGCUCAAACCCAUUUCCCUCUCCUGGGUUUCUUCGUUUCCUACUCUCAACUUGUCCGUCGGUAGCGAACCACUGGUACAACCUUCGCCUUCUUCCAAUAACAAGGUACACAAUUUCUACUCCUGCUAUGCUAUAAAUAAGAAUGCUAGGACUAAGAUUCUGGGGAAGUUGGUUGUUCUCUGCUUUUUCCUAGUUUAAAUUCGAACCUGCGCUUCCGCGUAGCAGUGAUGCUUUGGGGAUAUUUGCACGGUUUGAUUUUUCCUGGUUGUUGAGCAUAAUUGGGGAACUCCGCGACACAGUUCGGCAAUCUAGACUCGGGGGUUCAUCCUAAGCUUUCAAUUUAUCUAACAGGGUUGAACUGUUGUGGCAACCCUGGAUGUAUGUAACGAGCCCUUAUUUUUAUUUCUUAAGCCCUAUCCAAAAACUUGUUCCUCCAUUGCUGGAUUCUGGUAAGGAACUGUUAAUGAUAGAAUAUCUGAUGAUGGUCAUUGAUGAACUGUGUCCAGGGGACUUGAGACUUGAAUUAAUCUUGCAAUUUCAA